AUGGCGUCGAUUAUCAACAACAUCAUCAGCUAUGCAACGGGUUCUGGCACCUCUGGAUCCGCCAGUGGUGAUGCCCAAGAGUCUGCAGGUAAACCACAAGAAAUAGAGCUCCUGGGAGAAGCCGAAGAACUAGAACCUGAAGAAUACAAAAAGAUCGAACCUCUAUUCCCCCACCUUCAGAAGAAAGGAGAUCCUGUUGCGCGACCGGUACUUCGUAGACUGAACUUCGAGAACUCUCCGUUGUCGAAAUAUGCAAAUUUGGGGUGCUAUGCCGCUGUUGUCGACAAUGCGUACACACCAAAGGAAUGCGAUGAAUUGUUAAGAAUUGCAGAGGGGUCAUCGGAGGAUGGGUGGCCGAUUGCUCAAGUCAACGUUGGAAUGAACCGACAAGUCCUCGAUACCAGCUAUCGCAAUUCUGAUAGAAUUCUGUAUGACGACCAAGUCUUGGCAGACAAACUACUCAAGAGAAUAGAACCUUUGAUAGCAAAGGAUAUCGCGUACAUCGAUCCAUUAGACGCAGGAACUGGGAAGGGUCCUCUGGGAUGGAAGGGAUCUGCUGCUAAACGGAGAGCAGAUAAGUUCAGAAUGACGAGGUUGAAUGAAAGAUUGAGGUACUUAAGGUACCCUGUCAGUGGAUUCUUCAAGAUGCAUUGCGAUGGGGCCUAUACAACACCAGACCACAAAGAGUCUUCACUCUUCACAUAUCACGUGUACCUCAACGACAAGACCGGUGACGUACCACUCCAAGGCGGUGCCACAAGGUUUUGGGAUUACGGAGCCCAAUUGAAGCAAGAAUUUACAUCGGGGCAAAGGAAGAAGAGGGGUAUUCCAGAUCCUGACUACUAUGAUGUCGCACCCAUUCCAGGAAGGGUGCUUAUUUUCCAACAUGCAUUCUUGGUUCAUAGCGGAGAGCCUAUUACGGCCGGUGUUAAAUUAACAAUUAGGACGGACUUCAUGUUCGAGCGGAUCCCGGAUGAUGAAGAAGAGCUCGAAUACCGGAAGCAUUUGAAGAGGAACCAAUUGUUGGCGGAUGAGAUCCCGUUGGAUCCAAGAGAUGAAGUGCCGGAGCCGGAACAGGAACUGGCGCCCACAAAUAACUGA